CAAGCCAUUGGCUCGAGGCGCGCGCCAGGGCUGCGGGUUGGCCCAGAGGCGGCGGCCAUGCAGCGGAAGACGGGCCUUGCCGUGUCGGGCCGAUGGCGGCUGACACGCUGGUCUCCGAGUGUUCGGGCUCCCUGCCCGGGUCUUGCCCCGCCAGCCGCGUGGAGGUGCCGUGGGAUGAGUGGGCCGUUGUCCACCUCGCGUGGCCCGUGGCGGCUCAGGCUGUGCUCGUCGUGCUCUUCUGGGCCGUGCUGGGGCCCGGGUACCGCUCGGCGUAUCGGCGAGGCGGGUCGUGCCUCCGGUGGCUGGUCAGGAACAACGCCCAAACAUCGGGACCCCGGACAGGCAGGCAAAGCGCCCCUCAAUCAUCUUGGCCAUCUUCGCGGCCGAUAUGGCCGCGUGCGCCCUGGCGGGCAGCAUCUGGCUGCUGCACACCUACGAGCGCAAGACCUCGGCGGCCUCCAGGGCUGCGCUGCUCGCGGCCGCGCUCGUGCACGUGGCAGCCUCUGCCGUAGGCCACCUGCGGGCCGAGUGCACUGUCGGCAGUGCUCUGACGGUGAGGAGCUGGGUGGACGCUUUCACGACCGUUCCCACGCUGCACCUCCUGUGGCACCAGGACGCUAGCGGCAGUGCCUGGUGGCCGGCGGGCGGCGGCGGUGUCGAUUGGUUGUCCCUGCACUGGCUACGUGCCGCGUCGGUCAUUGACGACUUCCAGCAGAUCCAAGGCCUCUCCCGCCGCGCCAAGUACACAGGACUGGUGGCGCAGAUGGUCGUGCUUCUCGUCCUGAGGAUCAUCUGCUUGAUCAUGACCAUGGCCGGCGUGACCUUCACCAGCGAGGUCCUGGGCGAGCUUCCCUUCUUCGACUACCUGCUCGCGGACAGGUUCUUCGUCUCUCCUGCCGGCGACAGGAUAUCUCCCACGCAGAUGUGCUAUUGGAUCGUCGUCUCCAUCACGACCGUGGGCUACGGUGACUUCGCCCCGCGGACCGUCAUAGGUCGAGCCCUGACCUCGAUCUUCAUCGUGGCCGGCUUCCUCUACCUGUUCUUGGUGCAGGUCGAGUUUACGCGGGCUUGGGCGGAGAUACGCGAGGGCUCGGGGACCUACCGGGCGAAGACCCGGAAGAGGGGCAACCCGCAGCGCCACGUCGUGGUCGUCCUUUGCACCAGGAGGCGCGCGGUACACUUCUCCUCGAUGUUGGCUGGCUUCCUGCGCGAGAUCCUCCACACGGAGCGGUCGCACGAGUGGCCAGACGUUGUGAUCUUCUCCCGGAUGCCAUGGGAUGCCGCGGGCGACGGGGAAGACCAGACGCGGGGGGCAACUUUUGAUGACUUUCUGCGGGCCGAGGGCCUGAGCGCUUCGGUGCGGAAGCGCGUGUUCUUCAUCGUGGGGAAGCUGAGUAGCAGGGCGGACAUGGAUCGCGCUGCGAUUGGCCAGAGCCUGGCUUUCCUGCUGGCGGACGUUGCCAGCGAAGCACCAGACAGGGACGAUGAGGAAAACCUUUUCACGGCGGUGCUCAUGCGGCAGUUCUUCCCCGACGCACACAUCCGCGUCAUGUUGCUUCGACCGCAGUCGAAAGAUCUAGCGGUACAGGCGGGCAUUGAGAUUUCACGGUGCUUCUCGCUGCAAGAGCUCAAGGCAAACAUCUUGGCGCAGAACGUGCGCUGUCAUGGCCUCGUGCCCAUGAUCACUGGCAUGCUGCUCUCUGUGGACGUGAAAGAGGAAUCUCGCGGCCUCGUGAGCGUGACCAGGAGGAAAAGACACGCGGGAAUCGUGACCGAUGGCGCCGACGGCGCCACGCCCCACGGCUUGCGGGAACCCAUUGGAGAAUCGAACUUCCCAACGCCAAGCUACGAUAGCUACGACAUGAAAUCGUCAGGGUAUUCGUCCAGUUCCGACGGCUCCAACUCGCACUUCGACCGGCAGCGUUCGGUUUCCAGGGUAGCCACUGAAACAAGAUCUCGGGCGUCUUCUGAGGCAUGCUCCAGGGGCUCCAGCGCCAGCAACGAGAGCAUCACCACGAGACAGAAGCGCCUAUGGAGGCGCUCCGAAUGGAAGGACAAGGUCACGCCUUGGAUCUUGGACUACAUGGAGGGCUUGCAGCGCAGCGUCUUCGGUUUCGAGCUCAGUGAGAACCUGGCGGGCCUCUCUUUCGGAGAGAUUUCCACUGCUGUGUUUACGAGGACGGGUGCCAUCGUGAUCGCCACGUUCUUAGGUGGCCAGCUUCUAGUCUGCCCUCAGGAUAUGACUCCAGCAGAGGCAGGUCAAAUCUUUUUUGCGGUUGCCAAGGACGAGACGACGCUGGCUGAGUGCCGCAAGAGCGGACGUUCUGCUUGCAACUGGCGCCGGUCGCUGCUGAUCGCGCGGCACCUGGAACGGCGCAAGACUCGGCAGGGCCCGCAUGUUUCCGCCUCGAAGCUCCUCGGCCGCAGCCUGCGGCGCGCCCUGGUCCCAAAGGGCAGGCUCCUGAGCACCAGUGAGCACGCGGGACUCAUGAGCAGGACGAUGACUCCCAGUGAGUCGCUGCUGCCUUUCGCGUCCGACGCUCUCCCAGUGAACGACGGUAGCUCGCCCCGGCGGCGGGCUUCUGGCCUGGAAAGCGUGCUGUCGUCUGUCAACCGGAAGGGGGCUCCGGGCCAGGACGAGCAGCGGAACUGGGUGCGAUCAGUCAGAGCCCAACUCGCACACACGCAGGAAGAACUGGUGGUGGUGAUCGUCUGUCAAGGGGAGGUGUGGCAACAGGUUCGCACUUUCGUGACGUCCCUCUGCGCCCCACACCUGCCGGACAGGAGGACCAUUGUGGUCGUCGCGCCCACGGAGGUGCCGAGGAUGUUUCUCGACGAGGACUCGGACAGCGGUGUUGUGGUCGUCGAGGGAAACUGCGCAAAGGUGGAGUCUCUGAUAGAGGCCGGCAUUCUCGAGGCCAGCGCGGUGGUUGUGAUGAGCGGGCAGGCCGGUGCUGCCCAGGGCCGAGAUGCCCUCCACCAGGACACACGCAUCGUGCUCUGCGCCCAGGUGGUGGAGUGCUGGUGCGGCAUGUCUGGGCGCGAGGCGUUCACCACCUAUGAGCUGCAGCACAGCGGCUCUCUUCGGAAGCUGCCCAAGCUCUGUUACAAGCACGUCGUGAGCAUGGCUGAUCUCCUCAGUGGGCAGCCCGCAGAUGAUCGCGCGAGGCAGGAGCAGGAGAGAGCGGGGGAAGACGGUAGGCGUCUGAGCACUACCUUCAGUGCGGGCGUCCGCAGCUUAUUCAGUGGUUCUACUGACAGCAUUGGUGCAGCCUCCGCGGACGCCGACCCCGAGGGUGCUUCGGACGCCAUUUCUGAUGUGCCCGUGAGGCAGGCUGGGGAGACGAUUUCUGCGAUGUACCACCCGCGCUUCGCGGCUGGGCAGAUAUUCACCCCAGAGCUGUGGGGGGCGAUGCUCGGAUUCAUGUUCCACAUGCCUGCUAUCAUCGAGCUUGUGGAGGCCUUGGUUAUGCCCCACCAGCGGGACCAGCGUGCCUAUCCAUGGCAGAUGCGCGUACCUGCCGCAUACGCUGGCCACAGGUUCAGCGAGCUGUUUGGCGACCUGGCGCUGGACCACUUCCGAACAAAGCUCGGCAGCGCCGCGGUGCAGGCGUCGGAGCAGGCACGUCCCUCUCCUGGGCUGCAGGAGGACGACGAGGCGUGCCCCCUGGGCCCCGCCGUCGCCCUGGCGCUAUACAGGAGGCGCGAGGAGACGCUGAGCCUUGCGCCGGGGACCGGUUGGCACAACUACACGAUCCUGGCGCCGCCGCCCAGCACGAGACUGCGCACGGACGAUUGGGUGGUGGUCCUCGGGAGCGCCAGUUUCGGCAGCUACAUGCACCGAGUGAGGCUGCUCCGAGGCAGCACAGGUGCUCCGUCGUAGAGCCCGACGUAUUGAAGCAGCCGUUGGAUGAAAUUUGCGCGUCGGUGUGUGUGUGUGUGUGUGUGUGUGUGUGUGUGUGCGUGUGUGGUGCGACUUGCGUGUCGCCUUUCCGUGCAGAUCCGACAAGCCACGUGGCGCUCGCAAAUACGAGCGUGUCGCAAGUAGGCGUGUGUCGCUGGACAGACUCAGGCAUCUGUCCACGAAGGUCGCACGAGAAACAA